GUGGCUCCAAGGCUGCAUCAUUGCACUGGACAAGUGAGCGAGCUGUCAGUGUCCUCUUGCUGGGUCUCCUUCCUGCAGCCUACCUGUAUCCUGGACCAGCCAUGGACUACUCACUGGCUGUGGCCCUCACUCUCCAUGGCCACUGGGGUCUUGGACAGGUUAUAACUGACUACGUCCAUGGAGAUGUACCCAUUAAACUGGCCAAUACAGGUCUGUAUGUACUGUCAGCCGUUACCUUCGCUGGCCUCUGCUACUUUAACUAUUACGAUGUUGGUAUCUGCAAGGCUGUUGCCAUGCUGUGGAGCCUCUAAGAUGCGACAGAGUUCCUGACAAACAUGAUUGUUCACUGCUGCCUCUGCUUCAUCAUAUUUUUACCAUGUUUAAUGCGAAACAAAUUAAUAAC